CCAAGUUAGUGCCAUCUUGGACUGCAUCAAUGCGGGAGGUAUUGGCGGAGCUCCUCGUGGGGCCGGAUUAGUGCGGGCAGUGCCGCUGGGCUCGCCUCCCUCCCCCCACCUUAGUUGCCUGAGCCCAUACACUUUGGGUUCAGAUGCAGGUUGAGAUGGGGGAGCCCAGUUUACAGCCGAGCCGGCCAGGGACUCUCGGCCCCUUUGAUGCAGGAGCUGCAGACCCGGCAGCCGCCCAAACCGAAGCUCUUUGGGCUACAUUACUGUGGAGGAGCGUGGCCUGUAGAAAUAGUUAGCAUUCUCUGGCCUCCUAGAACCUUCGGAAUUGACCGCGGGGUCUUCUGGUCGGUCGGGGGUUUGAGAAGGGCGCCAGUGAAAAAGAGAGUGUCUUGGAGAAGCCGGACAGAAUGGGAGGGCCUGGAGCCCACGUGCUCUAAUGGGUUUGGAAUUGGUCAGAAGAACCAGGGGAGUCAGAGAUUUCCACUAUCUGAAGUUCUGUCUCUUGGGGGGGCGGGGAGGGGGCAGGGUUGACCUUGUUCAGCUGGGCCCCAGAGAGCUGAAAGGGGGGCGGGGAAGAGGAUGGGCAAAGAAUUAAAACAGGAGGCCAGAGGAAAGUCUUCCUCCGAGAGGUGACCUCCAGUGUAAUGGGCUGACUUCUUGCAGCUUCUUCCUUGCAGCCUGGAAAGUGACUAGAUUUCAAGUGAGCCCUUUCAGUUCUCAUGGCUUCUUGUGUCCAUACCUCCAUCGGUGAUUCAGACAGACGCACAACCAAGAUGUAUAAGUUGGUGGUGAUGGGCACCUGUUCUGUGGGCAAGACUGCACUGAUCGCGCAGUUUAGUAGGAAUCAUUUUGUGACGGAGUAUGACCCCACGACCCAAGAUUUCUAUAGUAAGGAUACAAUGGUGGACGAAGAGCAGUGUCAGCUGGACAUCAUGGAUACCACAGGCAAUGGAGCAUUUUAUUAUCUGAGGAACCAUUCCGUGCUCUGGGGAGAGGGCUUCCUCUUGGUCUAUGCAGUGAAUGACCUCUACUCUUUUGAAAAGAUGAAUUUCUUCUGGGACAGUCUGCAGUGGCUCAAGGGCACCGACCGCGUACCCGUGAUGUUGGUGGCCAACAAAGUAGACGUGACCGACAGGCUGGUGGACCCCACACGGGGCCAGGAGAUGGCCAGGCGCUUCGGGUUCUCUUAUGUGGAGACCUCAGCCAAGACUGGACAAGGUGUGGAGCAAGCCUUCCAUGAGCUGGUUCGAGAAAUUCGGAGGAAGCGAGCUGAGGAGUAACUCAAGAUUCUCCCUAAUACUAAGCAGAGGGAGGCCUGUGGGUGCAAAUGUUGCACCAUCCAGUGAGCAGGUACACCCUUAC